UACUCCCAACUUCCAUCAACAUUGCCAUAAUAUGAGCAAUCCGAAGAUGCAACCUAGACCAAGAGGUGGUCGCAGGAACUUCAAUGGUAAUUUAACCGGAUCCAAUCCAUCUGGCACAAUAUCAACGACAUCAACGACGCCAGCCACAGCGUCAGACAGUGAAGGGGUUACACCACCGCUAGACUCCAGUAAAGGCCAAUCUGUAUCUUUGCCCAUGCCACCACCUGGGUUGGUGAAACCUGCCGAAGUUCCUUCCUUAGAGACAGACCAAGCUAUUUGCUUCAUCUGUGCAGAAACCGUGUCGAUCUGGGCACUAGGUCCUUGCUCACAUCGCACUUGUCACACCUGUACACUCAGAAUGCGUGCACUUUUCAAAAAUCGCGAAUGCACGUUCUGUAAAAAAGAACAAGAAGAAGUGCUAUUUGUUAAAAGUGCUACGAUGGCUUAUGAUGAUUAUAAAGGUAUUCAAAGUUGGCCACAUGAUUCCAAACUUAACAUACGAUGUGAAAGCAAGUCAAUGCUAAGCACUUUACUUACUAUGUUAAGAUUCAAUUGCAGCAAAUGUGAUUAUGUUGCGGCUGGUUGGCAGGAUUUACGUGGACAUGCGAAAAAUAUUCACAAAGGCACUCUCUGCGAUUUGUGUAUUCGACACAAGAAAGUGUUUACACAUGAACACAAGUUCUUCUCCCAUACUUCACUUCUUAGACAUCUUCCACCACUUCCUUCAUACUCCGCUAAGGCUAGAAAAGUGCAGCCAGCUAUAGAUUCACACCCCGGAUGCGAUUUCUGUUUAGACCACUUUUACAGUGAAGAUGAACUCUUUAAACAUAUGCGUGAGCACCACGAGGAGUGCUUCUUGUGCAAGCAAGCUGGUAUCCGGAUGCUUUACUUUAAAGACUAUCCUGCUCUCGAAAAACAUUUCAUUUCGGACCACCAUCCAUGUCCACAUCCAGGAUGUAUUGAGAAAAAGUUCGUCGUUUUUGGAAGCGAAAUCGAUUUGCGCGGCCAUCAAGUGGAAGAGCAUGGUGCCCAUCUCACCAACAAGGAAAGGAGGGAUGUUAGUCGGCUCGAAGUAAACUGGUCACAACCAGUCGAUUCUGCCCAACCACAACAAACAAGAUCAGCGACUGGUAGUGGAAGAAGAGCUGCCUUUGGUGGACGUCUUACCAACCAACCAACGCAAUCAGGGCAAUCGUCUACUGCUUCCUCAGCGCCUGCGACACCAGCUCAUGAUGCAGCACCUGUAGAUCCAGCUAUUGCUGCUCAGCAUGCGAUGGUUAUAGACAAAGUAAUGAACUUCACCAAGUCAAGUAAUUCAGUGCAGGCUUUCAAAUUCAGCAUCAGAGCAUAUAAAAAUAAUGAAUCAACCGCAAAGGAUUUGGUACAAUCUUUGGUAUCUAUUCUUAAGAACAACAUUGACCUCAUAGCAUCAAUUGUGAGCCAAGUUAGCAUUUUGUUAGGCAACGAAGAGAAGAGCCGAGAAUUAGAUAUAGCCUGGAAAGAAUAUAAAGGACAUCACAGGAUUGCCCAAAGUAGCAGUCAACCACAACGUGCGGACAACUUCCCAACUUUGGGUUCAUCAGCUGCUGCCAAAGCUAGUAGUCGACCACUUCCCCUUUGGGAGAGAGAUGCGAGUGCAAGCAAACGGCCGCAGAAGGUACCUCCAGGAAGUGCGACUUCGAGUUCCCAUUUCCCCGGCUUGGGGAGCUCCCAGCCGCGCACGUCAACAGGUUGGAGUAGUGGAGGUGCAGCUUCAGCUAGUCGACAAGCGGCGUCGAGUGCAGCCAACUUCCCUGCUUUACCUUCCUCAGAUGCAGUCAUGAAAGCUAAUGCUGAACGUAGGAAACUAUUCAAGCCGCACCAGCAAAGAGUCGUCGAAGGUCAGGCUCAAUCGUCGAGCAGCACACCUUCAAGUACCCAAGAGAAUAAGAGUAAUAACAAGAAACAACAAAAGAAGAAGCAGACAUUGCUGACGAUUGGAUUGUAGUUAUUUGAUUCAAAAUAGAAUGAGAAUGCAUAGAUUGAUUAAUAUUGUUUGUAGUACAGUUUUGAGGGUAUGUCGAAUUGUCUCUAAUAAAUAAGUUGGACUCUAUAUUAUGUUGAGCAACUACUUUUAUUCCCACAGCCGCAGCUGAGUUCAGAUUCAAGUUUGCAGCAAUCGCCCAAAGCAUUUAGUUGCUGUUGUAGUAUAGCCAUUUCCGUAUUUAAUGAGCUACUCUUCGAGAGCGUUGAUGCGACAUAAUCUAUGAAAUCAGGUUUGAUCGAUUUCGGGAUACUCAAGUUGAAUGGACCAUCUGGCGCAAAUAGCGACAUUGCGAAUAGACCAUUGAUAGCUUCUUCAGUUUUGACAGCUUUUCCGAACUUUGUUUGCUGGAACUCGUCAAGUAAGACAGCCAAACUGUCUUCCGAGGCGUUACUGCGCUUGCCAACAACGGUGAGCUCUUUAUCCUCGACAACGUCACUAAUAACUUGCAGGAAACUCUCCAACGUAAUGCUUGAUAGCGACCUCAACGCAUUGUUCAUCUUGAUUUGGAACAACUUCCAGGUACUCUUAUUCAAACUGAUUGUUGUAACUGAAGGUGAAGUGCUACUAUACUCAUUUGGUUCCACGGGGGAGAGGAGUGUAUAUCCUCGCGGUUGACCUGUUACUUUGUCCAAUGGAAGCGUCGCCUCAUAUGCAUCCUCAAUUGAAGUCCAAUAGCUCGGAUAUUUGAAUCUUGCGACAUCUAGAAGUAAAAGUGAGUCAUGUGCUUCAGAGUAUCCGCCAACGGGGCUAAAGUGACCGUCACCCGUUUGUCCGAGACUUUUACGUGAGUAAGACAAAACCAUGAAAGUACCACUACUCCUAGAGGCGAGCUUGACAUCCUCUCUGAAUUUAUCGAUACCCAUUGGAGCAGGUUGUACGUCUGCUUUCAAUCCAUUGCAGCGUGCAAGACAGGUAAAUUCUGUGAGCGAAAUACCCGUUUCUGCGACGCUCUGCAGGGAUCUACAGCAAUCGAGCAUCUCCUGCUCAUACCACCUCCAGGGACCUUUCCAGCGCCUUCCUGGAUCCUGGCCAAGUGCAUUCAGGAUCAUAACGAGGCUGCCUAAUCCACAAUAUGCUGGUUCGUUUUGUGUGAUGAACUGACUCGCUAGGGGGAAAUAGGCUUCCAUAUUUCCCUCUAAUAGAGCAUUCGCGAACAUUUCCUUACCCCUCGAUGAAGUGAAGGAAGUGCAUUUGGGUGGCAAAGGUCUCUUAUAAAAUGAGGCUGUAGGUUUUGCUAGAGCUGGUCUAGCUAUCGUAUCUAAGGUUGUCUUUGGGAUAUCGUGCAUCGUGUAGCCUGAUAGUGUCUUCAAUGCCUGCAUAAAUGUACCAGCAAGCGUU